AUGUCCACAGAGAAAAGGCCAAUUGUAGAUACAAAAGAGUCUAUAAAGAAGCCGAAGCUCAUAACCGAAUUUUUUGCCCAAGCCAACAGAAAACCGGCGGUUAAAAAGACAAAACGAAGAGCGCCAGUCAUGAAUAAUACCACGGUGGAGAAGUCUAUAGAAAAGAUAGAAACCGUGGAAAGGCUGAUCUCACCUGAAAUGCCUAUUCGGGAUGCUAGUAGAUCAGUGAAGGACGAAAAGAUCCAGGAGAUUGGGUCCGACUAUGCUGACUUCUGUCAUGAAGUAAACUUCAACAAGGAUGAGUGGCUACAAUCGUUAAACGAGGAGCAAAGGCGAUUGCUUGAUCUCGAAAUAAGAACCUUACAUAUAACAUGGCUUGCAGUGCUUCAUAAAGAGCUCACCAAGCCAUAUUUCAUUAAACUCAAGAAGUUUCUUCAAGUGCAAAUGGCCACCAAGACGAUCUUCCCAACUCCGAAGGACAUAUACUCAUGGUCGCAUUUGACGCCAUUGCCUGAGUUGAAAUGCUUGAUUUUGGGACAGGAUCCUUAUCAUAACCAUAACCAGGCUCAUGGGCUAGCCUUCCUGGUUCUUGAGCCCACUAGGCCACCUCCUUCACUUUUGAAUAUUUAUAAGACACUCAAGAUUGACUUUCCUUCGUUUCAAAUUCCAGACUACAAAGAGUUGGCAAAGCAAGGAAAACCUGGCGGUGGCAAUUUAAGUAAGUGGGCGAAAAGAGGUGUUUUGAUGCUCAAUGCAUCGUUAACUGUGGAGGCCCAUAAGGCCAAUAGCCAUGCGAAUCAGGGAUGGGAACAGUUCACGGAGGAGGCAAUUAGGGCUGCCAUAUCGUACGUGAAAAGGAAGAGAGAGAAAGGCUUUGUAAUUAUGGCGUGGGGGUCACCGGCGCAAAAGCGAGUGGCGAACUUCAAUGCACAGCUCAACUCGCUGGACGUGCCCUUCUUGGUGCUCAGAACAGUCCACCCGUCACCUUUAUCGGCUGCUAGAGGGUUUUUGACCUGA